CGCGCGACGGCACCGGGCGGCGAUGGCGGCGGACGGGGACUGGCAGGAUUUCUAUGAGUUCCAGGAGCCGGCCCGGAGCCUCCAGGACCAGGAGAACUGUAACGCGAGCUCCGAGGCCGGGGCAGGGCCGGGCGGGGAAGGCGACGGUUUUCCGGCGCUGGCCUGCAGCUUGGAGGAGAAGCUGAGCCUGUGUUUCCGCCCCUCGGGUCCGGGCGCCGAGCCCCCGAGGACGGCCGUGCGGCCCAUCACCGAGUGCAGCCUCCUGCAGGGGGACGAGAUUUGGAAUGCCCUGACAGAUAAUUACGGGAAUGUAAUGCCUGUGGACUGGAAGUCGUCCCAUACCAGGACCUUGCACUUGCUUACUCUCAACCUGUCAGAAAAAGGGAUAAGUGACAGUUUGCUCUUCGAUACGUCAGACGAUGAGGAGUUGAGAGAGCAGCUGGAUAUGCAUUCGAUCAUCGUUUCCUGCGUUAAUGACGAGCCCCUCUUCACUGCAGAUCAGGUUAUUGAAGAAAUUGAAGAAAUGAUGCAGGAAUCACCGGACCCAGAAGAUGAUGAAACACCCACACAGUCAGAUCGGCUUUCGAUGCUUUCCCAGGAAAUUCAAACUCUUAAGAGGUCUAGCACAAGCAGUUAUGAAGAAAGAGUAAAAAGGCUCUCCGUAUCUGAACUAAAUGAACUACUGGAAGAAAUUGAGACCGCCAUUAAGGAAUACUCUGAAGAGCUGGUGCAGCAGUUGGCUCUUCGAGAUGAACUGGAGUUUGAAAAGGAAGUGAAAAACAGCUUUAUUUCUGUUCUCAUUGAAGUACAGAACAAACAGAAAGAGCACAAAGAAACAGAAAAAAAAAAGAAACUCAAGAAUGGCAGCUCUCAAAAUGGGAAGAGCGAGAGAAGUCAUAUGCCCGGCACACGCUUCAGCAUGGAAGGGAUCUCAAAUGUCAUUCAGAAUGGCCUCCGCCACACCUUUGGAAAUUCAGGUGGAGAGAAACAGUACUUGACAACAGUCAUUCCUUAUGAGAAAAAAAAUGGACCACCAUCUGUUGAAGAUCUUCAAAUAUUAACAAAAAUUCUUUGUGCUAUGAAAGAGGACAGUGAAAAAGUUCCAAGCUUGUUAACUGAUUAUAUACUAAAAGUUCUGUGUCCUACAUAGGGCACCAUCACUUCAGGAGCAGUUUUGUCUUUCGUGGACUACAAGCUAGAUUUCCUGUAGCAUUAUUUUGAAAGCUGGCUACCAUUACCUUCCUGCUAUUGGAAACUCAGCACACUUGAACUUGGGUUUGUGAUUCAGUAUUAACAGAUCAUGCCUUCACUAAUUCUUUUUAUUAUGAACCAAGAAAAAUACGGCACUAUUUUGAAUUCUACAGAUGGUUUUUUGUUAACUACUAACAAUUAUGAACUCUUCUCCAACUUUUAUAGAGUAAGGGGGAGUAAUAUUAAUCAUGCAUGUGCAGUUAUAGUUUUCAUUAACUGACUAUAUGCCCAUUUGAGUUAUGGCUUCCUAGAUCUAAACUACAUUGAAGAACGGAAUUAAUGCAUUGAGAGAUUUUUAAUAUAGCUAUCCUUAAGUGAUGGCAAAAACCAACACUGAUUUUUAUAAGAGAAUUGUAGUAUAAAUAUCACCUACCAGUAUUGUCCAGAGACUGAAACUUACCAGAUUCGCUGUUUUCAGAAGAAGCAAAACCAGAAUGUGUUAUCUUAGCUUAAUACUUGUGAACAUUGAAACUGUUGGCGAUGCCUGGUUUUAGAAGUUGCUGUGUGUUUUACCACUGUUCAAAUUUUAACCAUUACGUUGCCAUUUACUUUCAGAACCUUGUACUGUUUAACUUUAGACGUUUGUGUUUUGUUCCAUGUGUCUGUGAAGAAGUGUCCUUUCCUUUAUGGUGCUUAAGAAACUCAAUGCUGCAGCAUCGCCCAUUUCCCAUCACUGUUAUAUUGUAUUCAUGCCCGUGUGUUUUCCUAAAGUAUUAAUUCUAGACACAGCUACUCAUGGGUACAUCACUAGUCAUGAACCCAUUGCUAGUUCUAAUCAAAUCAAUGCCAUUUAAUAAACGUUGGGAAAAAAAGGUGAUGUAUGCUUGAGACCUUUAUUUUUAAUGACUUUUCUUCUCUUGCAGUGCUAGAUUCUUCCCCUUACUAUUCCACACACUGUCCAUCACUAGAGGGUGUGAGCUGGUGAAACCCCGAUUAGCCUCCUGAUGGUAAGGAGGGGAGAGGGACUUCUCCAGGUCGCAUUGAGCUACUGUGCAAGGACAGAAAUCCUGCUCUUUCCCAGGUCUGUGAGACACACACAACAGCUAUGGUAGCUUCCUCCCUUAGAUAACAUGAGUGGAGUAAGAGUCUGUAUCGCUGCGUGUGACCCUUUCGUAUGGUCACAAGAAGCUAUAUAGACUGACAACCUGAAAACAAAAGGACAAUUUGUCUUUCUAAUUCCAGAUGUGGAAUCUUUUUGAAAAUUACAUUGUGGGAUUUAAGAGUCAAAGUGUUUAUUUGCUGCCAAAAACUAAAUUGCAAGCAAACCCCUACAGCUUUGUUUUUUGAAAACAAAACAAACUGUAGAACUACAGUGCACUGCAAGUGCCAUAGAUCUAUUUUAUUCUUCAGGAAAUUAUAUUUGUUUUUCUUUUACAAGAGCACAACAGGAACCAAAGUAAAAGAGUAAUAGAUACAGCACUCAGGAUAAAUCAUAUCUUUAAAAUAAUAAUAAAAAAAUUUACACCUUGUCCUAUAUCCUGUUAGUAUUUUCAUAAUAUGGCCAUGAUUGAAAAAAACAAAAAGCAAGCAUUUACAAUUUUUUUUUUUGCUAAAGACUUUUUUAUGCCAGGAAUGGAUUAAUUGUCAACAAAAUUUUAUAAUAAUCAGGCUGAUGUAAAUCUAUUUUGGUAACAUCAUAUCAUUAACAAAUUUAUUUUGGAAAUAGAUAAAAAUAUUGCCCCUUGAUAAUAAAUCUUUUUUUUUUCUUUGAUGCAAACAGCUAGAACACCUUUUUCUUUUUUUUUUUUUUUGACAUUCUAAGACAAAGAAAAUGGUUAAUCUUCAGAUUAAUAAAUUAGGUCAUUAUUAUAAUAAAUUAAUUUUUUUUAAAGUUCAGCAACCUCUGUCCAAGUAUUUACAACAAUACUUGAAAGUUCCUUUACAAAACAGAACACAUUUUCUUUUCACAUUAAGCAUACUGGGUAUCUGUGUCUUUCACAACAAGCAUUUUUAAAAGAAAAAAAAAAAAUCAAUGCACAAAUGGGUAAUUAGUAUAAAAGUGCUAAGAGCUGUUUGAAAAGUUAACACUAUAGUAUACAGUCAGUUAUAUUUGAGGCAAACUACAACAAACUUCCAGCUUAUUAUGGACAAUAUUCCAGUAGUUGUUUCAAACAGUUGUUUGAAAAAAAAAAAAAACCAAAACAAA